AUGACGGGGCCGAUAGCGCGCGAGCGAGCUAAACCGGUGACCGAUCCGCGCCGAUUCGGCAUCGAUUUCGAAUCGGCGCAUUGCGAUUCCCCGGUACGACGUGUUGCUCUCGCUCUCGCUCAGAGAGAAAAAAAUCUGUUAGCAUGGGCGCGGAUCGUGAUUACAGGGCAAGCCGGGGUGAAUCAAUUAGGCGGCGUCUUUGUGAACGGCAGGCCGCUGCCGGACUGCGUGCGCCAGAGAAUCGUGCAACUCGCCAUGGUCGGUGUCAGGCCAUGCGAUAUCUCACGACAGCUACUCGUCUCUCAUGGCUGCGUCUCCAAGAUACUCACGAGAUUCUACGAGACGGGAAGCAUCCGACCCGGCAGCAUCGGCGGAAGCAAGACGAAGCAAGUAGCUACGCCGACGGUGGUGAAAAAGAUUUUACGGAUGAAGCAGGAGCAGCCGACAAUGUUCGCCUGGGAGAUCCGCGAACAGCUCGCACGACAGGGAGCUUGCGAUCCCCAGAGCUUACCCUCCGUAUCGUCGGUCAAUCGUAUUCUCCGAGGUGGCGGGCUUCACACCGACAUCCCUGCCAUCGAGAGCGGCGCAUCCGGCGGAUAUACGUCGCAAAUCCCGUCGAACGCUGGAGCCAGAGAUGCACUCAUGAGAACGGAUUAUCAGCUAUUCUAUCCGGGUGCUCUAGGGCCGUUGCAUAUUUCCACGAACACUAACAACACCGGCACACCGUCGUGGAAUCAAAGCUUCUACUCGUCCCUCUAUCAAGCGACUACCUUGCACUUGCAGCAUGGAAUGCAGUCCUUCGCACCUUUAGAUGCCGAACGUUUGUCGGAGCAAAACGGCGCGCAGAGUCAGCUGGAGCUGAAGUCGAGUUCGAGCUCGACGGCCGGCAGCGACGAUUCGCUGGACAAGAGCGACCUGGACGAGAAUCUGGUGGAGUCGCAGGACCACUACAAGUCCUUUCGGAGCACGCCGAUCAUCCUGGAGCUCAGCCAGAAAAUCGGCAGCGAUCGGAGCGCGUUCGUCAGGCACGGCACGCCCAAUUCGCACGCCGCGAACACGGACAAUCCGCGGGAGAGCCCGAUGUCGAUCGUCGAGACGUCGAAGCGGGACCCGCCGGCGUCGCACAGGAUCCACGAGGCGAAGAACACGAAUCCGAGCACGACGAUGACGACGAACGAGGGAGCGGCGGUGGAGAAUCAGCCGCCGCAGCCGCAAAAGAAGAAGAAUCCCUACUCGAUAGAGGAGCUGCUCAAGAAGGACGAGGGCAAGUCCGCGUCCAGAAGGCCGAGAUUACCCAACAUCGGCGUGGUCCAACCGUGCGGCAUCAUCGUGAACAAGGAAAUCUAAGGAUGUCGAUCUCAACUCAAAGAGCGGAACGUCUGGAGGAAAUCUACGUUUGCUUUGGCGUAUUUACACGAAGUACGAACUAUAUCGGGAUUCACCAGCUGUGGACGUUAUACAGUGUGAACGUAUGUACACCGUCGGCCAUAGGUAUGUGUGUAGUAUUAAUUGGUGCAAAGAACAGCCGUACGAUGAAAAUUGAAUAGCGGGAUGGAAGUAGAAGAAGGUUGAGUAUCACUAUCGUGACACGCGUACUUGAAAGUAAAUUUCUUUGCACCUGAGUAGCUCUUGCGGUGAGAGUAGCGAAUGUCUUAGAUAUGUCUAACUUAGACUACCGAAUUGAGGAGUUUGAUAGAAGAGAUUAGAAUCAGACGGUUUUUGAAACUUCUUAUUUCUCAUGCAAGAGAGAGAAAGAGAGAGCAAGAGACAGAGAGAACGUGGCUGUUUUGUGAAGUAAAACUAAAAAGAUAGCGCCAUAUGUAAUAUUAGGAUCGGAAAAAAAAAACACCGUAGUGUCGACCAUAAUGUAGUGAGGUAUAUAAUGUAAUCCUUGUGUAAGUUAA